AUGGCCCCGCACCGCGCCCACCCCGCCGCCCUGCUCCUGCUCGUCGCCAUCAGCCCAGAGGCGCUCGCAGUAUUCUUUUAUGGUACAAGCUAUGUACACUUCGGUAUUGCUGAGUCAUCCUCCACGACAUCGUUACAAUUACGAUUUCGAACAGGUAUACCAACCGGAUUGCUUUUUCUUGCAGCAGGAACAGAAAGUUACUUUUUGGUGGAAUUACAUUCUGGAAAUAUACAGGUGAGAAUGAACCUCGGAGCUGGUGAGAGAGUUUUGCAUUCCCAGAGGAAUUCCCAGCUGAAUAAUUUGGCAUGGCACCUCGUGGAAGUUCGUCAUGAAACCGAUGACGUCACACUGGCAAUUGACAAGCAUCAUCAAACUAGGACAAAAUUGCCAGGUGUUCUAUUUGAUCUGAACACCCAACAUGGCCUCUAUAUUGGUGGCAGUGGCAGCCUUAAUGUCUCUUACCUUCACAGUGGGCAAGCUAACUUCCGAGGAUGCAUUGAAGAUGUGAUAUUUAACAAGCUCAACCUCCUAGCAUCCCUCAGACCUUCUCCGAGAUUAAAAAAUGUUCACGAAGUUUCAGAGAGCUGCAAUGAUGAAUUUUUUGCUAGUGAAGACGAUCCCAUUAGUUUCUUCAGUUCCAAGUCCUAUAUUUCUUUUCCUUCAUGGGAUCUUCAGGAGGAAGGAAUCUGGGAUUGUACAGUGCAACCCACAGCUCCAAGAGGCUUGCUGCUUUACAGUUCUGGGCAAGGGGGAGACUUUGUCGCAAUGGAGAUUGAAAAUGGUCUGAUUAAAGCUCACAUUGGAAAGGGGAAGAGUACAAUUCAGCUUUCUUCUCUUAGUCCUGUUCAUGGUAACCAGUGGCAUUCUGUCAAACUAAAAUUUUCUGCAAAAUACAUUGAACUCACAAUAGAAAAACAAACAGUGAAAAAGUUACUGCCGUUGAACAGUAAGCUUCCUAUUCUUAAAGGCCCCGUUUAUAUAGGUGGAGUAGAUGAUCAUAUCCGGGUAGAAGUUAUGAAACUAGGAUUAACUUCGUUAUCUGGGAAAUAUGCACAAGGAGGAUCCUUCAGAGGCUGCAUGAGAGAUUUGCAAAUAAACAUGGAAAAGAAAUCCUUGAAGAAUGUUCUUGUGACUAAGGAUAUUUCAGUGGGAUGCAGAACUGAGAGUACCUUUGAUAAAAAUCCUGUCGUAGCCCCUGAAAAACAACUUGCUGGAACAGUAGGGCCUGCUUCUGUCGUUGGUCCUGUGGACUCCAAACGCCAUAAGAAAGACAGUUAUGGCCAUUUUUUGGUGGUAAACAAUUUGAUUGUUCCAGAAGGUGGGCAGGCUACACUUGAAUCUAAGCACAUUAAAGUAAAUGUGGAAUUCAAGAAAUUAGGGAUUCGUCAGUCACAGAUACUUUUUAUAAUUAAAGAACACCCUUCUCAUGGCCUGUUGAGGUUGGAUGUUGAACCAGAGCAGGAGCAGGAGUCCACAUUUACCAUGCUAGAUUUGUGGCAAGGUAGAGUUCUAUAUAUGCAUGAUGGCUCUGAAGAAAGCUAUGAUUACUUCACUUUUUCUAUUUCUACAAGCAGUAAAAAAGAGAUGCCUCUAUAUCUGCAAGGCAGGAAGGACUACAUGUUUACCAUUACGGUCAGACCGAUAAAUGAUGCCCCAGAACUCACCCUCCCAAAUGGAAACUUGUUUACUUUGUUAGAACACUCCAAGAAAUGUCUGAAUGUGAAUUCAGUAAAUAUUUCAGACACAGAUACAAGUUUUGCAGACCUCAGUAUUUCAGUCCUUGGAAAUCUGAAUACAGAUGCAGGAUUUUUAGAAAAUUCCCAGAGCCCUGGAAAGGCUAUCACUGACUUUUCUUAUGAAGACUUAAAACAUGGCAAUAUUUUCUUUGUCCACACUGGUGUAAAGAACUCCAGAAUUGUCCUGCGAGCAAGCGACCGCGAGAAAGUCAGCAACACAGUUGUGUUGCGUAUCAUGGCUGUUCCUUUGAAUUAUAAAUUGGUCAACAACACAGGGGUUGAGGUUCUGCAGGGUGAUACAGUUUUGAUCACACUCAGCCAUUUGGCUGUUGAAACCGAUGCGUUCCAACAAGACCUGGAGAUACGGUAUGAGAUCACACAGUCACCCCGAUAUGGAGAAAUUCAGAGGCGCCAUGCUGGUGGAGAAUGGAAAAAAACAUACUCUUUUUCUCAGCGUUCCGUUGGACGUGGUCGUGUGAGAUAUGCUUGUACCUUCAAAGGGAUGCAGCAAGAUCAUGCCCUAGAACAUUUCAUGUUUAAAGUCAACAUUCUCAACAAAACAAGUGAAGAGUUUCUGUUCCUAGUUACAGUGAAAUGGUUGAGGUAUAAUCUACAGAGAAAUGUACCACUAGUAAUUGAUAAAACCAAGAAAGAGUACCUUACUUCAGAUAAACUUCUUGCUGUGAUAGAGGAAGUAGAGGUACCAGAAAAUGAAUUUUAUUACAAGUUGCAAUCCUUGCCUGAGAAAGGAAAUAUUCUGCUUAAUGACAUACCUUUGCAAAUCAAUUCAACCUUCAGCCGACAGGAUAUUUCUGAUUAUAAAGUAGAAUAUCAUUUAAUCAGUAGGCCCCACGAGGAAACUCAGGAUACAUUUAGAUUCCUCAUUUCUACAAAAUACGUGAUCUCAAAUAUCUAUGACUUCAAAAUCAACAUUAAAACAGACCCACGACAGAUUCUUUUGACAAACAAUGGCCUCACUGUUACAGAGGGUGAAGGAAAAUUGAUAACAAGAUCAGAAUUGUUUGCACAGACCCUCAACAAUAAGACCUUCCAAUAUAAAGUUACACGGAGCCCUCGUCAUGGGAAAUUAUCGCUUAUUAAUUUUUCAGAUUCUCUGGCAAGUAACGGUAAUCUAAGUAGUUUCACAAAUAAGGAUAUAAUUGGUAGACGUCUUAUGUAUAUACACGAUGACUCUGAGACUCUGUGUGAUGAGAUUUAUAUUACAGCAGUGGCUUUAGAGUCUGAGGCACAGAUGAGUUCAAGUGCAGAAAUGGAACCCCCUUUAUCAGCAGAGAUCAAAUUUAACAUCUCUAUCCAGCUGAAAAAUGAUGAGAAACCAGUACGUGUGGUAGAUAAGGUGUUUCAUGUAGUGAAGUAUGGGAAGAGACUCUUGACCCUAGCUGAUCUUUGCUACCAUGAUCCUGAUACUGAUUUUGAUGAUGAGAAGCUGUUGUAUACCAGGCGUGGCAUUCCUAAUGGGGAUUUGGUUCUUGCCAAUGAAACCUCUCACAGACUCUAUCAGUUCAAACAAGAAGACCUGGCCCAAAACCGAGUCCUGUUUACUCACCGUGGGGCAGACUAUGGUCGCUUUGUGUUGUUCGUAACUGAUGGGAAGCACUAUACAUCAUCAUUGCUAGAAGUAAGUGCUUCAGAUCCCUACGUUCAUCUGGUAAACAAUACGGGUUUAUUGAUCCAGAAAGGAAGAGACGGAAUAAUCACGGCUGCUAACUUGAGUGCUACCACAAACCAAGACAUUAGAAGUGAUUGUGAAAUUAUAUUUGAGAUGUUUUUGUUUCCGAAGUAUGGGCAAGUCUUUGUAAAUAAUUCAGCACUGGGCACUUUCACUCAGCAUGAUCUCAAUAUUGGACAGGUAACUUAUAAGCACGAUGACAGUAACAAUUUGAUUGACACAUUUAACUUUACAGUUUAUGUGAAAGACGUCCAGUUGAAUGCUGGAAUACAUGUUCGAAUGUACUUAGAAAGCCAUCAGCGCCCACCUACAAUUGUACAGAAUGGCAACCUUUUGGUCGAAGAAGGAAAACCAGUUAAAAUCACUAAUGGAAAAUUGCUGGUUGUUCAUGAAAACAGUUUGCCAUCAGAAAUGAAGUUCACAGUAAGGUCACCUCCAGUCUUUGGGUUCUUUCGGAAGUUUACUUCAGAGGAAGGUUAUCUCGGAGAAGAAAAUCCAGUUCUGAGUUUUACCCAGCAAGAUAUCAAUGACGGUAAUAUCCAGUAUGUGCAGACUACUCCCAACCGGCUGCAAGAUCAGUUUUCAUUGGACGUGACCAAUGGCAUCCAGGCAAUCAGUGGAAUAGAAAUUGCUGUAGACAUCAUUCCAAAGCUCAUCCCAUUGGAAGUACAGAACUUCACAGUUGCUGAAGGGGGUUCAAAAGUACUGGAUGAAGAUUUUCUAAAAAUUCCUACUAGCCAUUUCGUAGGGCUCAAUUGUGAAUUUGAUUUACUUGAACCACCAAAACAUGGGCGUAUUGCUAAUUCCCAUUUUCCUGGAUUGGCACUAACUAAAUUUAGCAGGCAACAGGUGGAACAAGGAUUAAUCUCCUACAUUCAUGAUGAUAGCGAACAGCUGCUUGACAAUUUCACCAUGGUUGCAAACAGCACAGAACUGUGGAAACAGAGCUUGCCUCGGAUGAUAUUUGUGACUAUAAGACCAAUAAAUGACGAGUCUCCUCGUAUAAAGAGAAACAAAGUACUCAGGGUCUGGGUGGGAUCAAUCACUGAAAUAACUGUGAAUGAUCUCUGUGCAGAAGAUCAAGAUUCCUCUCCUGCCGAACUAAUAUACUCUGUUUCACCUCCAAAUAAUGGUCAUCUAGCUCUCAAGUCUUCUCCAAACAAAAAUAUCCUCAAUUUUACCCAAGCUCACAUUGAAGAAGGCCAGUUAGUGUUUGUCCAUAGUGGAGCCAUGUCUGGAGGCUUCAAUUUCCAGGUGACGGAUGGUGUAAACUUUGCGCCACGACAAAUUUUCAGUAUCACGGCUCAAGCGCUCGUAAUCCACCUAGAAAAUAACAAUGGGCUGGAAGUCUUUCCAGGAUCUAGGAAACAAAUUGCAUCCCACAAUCUGAAAGCCAUCACCAAUGAUGUGGUUGGGGCAGAAAACAGAACUAUAAUUUUUACAGUGGCAGUUUCUCCAAAGCUUGGAAAACUCAUCAGAAUACUCUCCGAUAACAGCACCCAGAAUAUUUCCAGUUUUACGCAAUCUAUGGUAGAUGAACGUUUGAUUGUUUAUGAGCACACCAAGAAGGAGGACAUUGGAUGGAACGCACAAGAUAGUUUUACUUUUACAGUCUCCUCCCCACCAGCAGUCUUGGGUUCCCAAGUGUUUGAUAUUAAUAUUUCUUAUGAACUUAAAGGGUAUGGUCAUUACAGUCAGCUACUUGCAAACACAGGCAUUGUUGUCCAGGAGGGAGGCAAAGCUUUAAUUGACAAAACAAACCUGGAUGGAUCAAACCUGUUGUUUAAAUUGCCUGGGGCACAACGUUCUAAGUACGAAGUAUGGUAUCAAGUCACGUCAUUGCCACAACAUGGCAGAAUCGUUGUGGGAGAAAGAAACAUUACUAGAGAGAAGCCCAACUUCUCUCAAUACAUUAUCAACAAAUUUGGAAUCACUUAUAUCCAUGAUGACUCUGAAUCACUCGCCGAUCACUUUACUUUUGCUGUGUGGCUAAAUCAAAAGAGCAAAUCUUCAACAAAACCUGAAAAUGACUUUUUGGAAGAGAUAUUUAAUAUCACUGUUGUUCCAGUGAAUGAUCAGCCUCCAGAGCUGAAGACCAAAAUGCUGUAUUUGAAUGUUUUACAAGGGGAUACAGCAGUUGUGGGACCAGAAAGCCUGAAAGUAGAAGACUUAGAUAACAUCCCAGAAGAGAUCAAAUACAACAUUAUCAGAAAUCCCCAAAAUGGCUACCUAGCAUGGUGGACUCAUUUGAAUGAAUCCAUCAGUGAUUUCACACAAGCUGAUGUUGAUGCUGGCAGAGUUUGGUUCGUACAAGAUGGAAGUUCCUCCUCUGGGGUUUUCUACUUCAGUGUGACAGAUGGAAAACAUCAUCCCCUAUACAAACUCUUUACUCUUGAAGUAACGCCCACAUCUGUCAUGCUGGUCAACCUAUCUGAGGUGGUGCUUCCACAGGGACAGAAUACUGUUGCUAUUACAAACGCACACCUUUCAGCUACAACCAAUGGAAAAAACACAGAGAUUGGCUUUGAAGUAACACGGCCGUUCAGUUAUGGGGAAGUACUGAUCGGCAAUGAACAGGUAACCAAGUUCCGGCAAGCAGAUUUAUAUGCAGGAAGACUGUUGUAUAGAAUGAUGGAUCUCACCACAUCUAGAGAUACUCUGGAGUUCACAGUGUUUAACUCAGACAGUAAUCUAACAGGACAGGUUCUGAACCUUACAAUACAGCCUCUUGUGCAGAUGACACUUGGCCUAAACAUUCCAAAUAAGAUAGCUUACAAGCUAAAACCUAGUGACUUGGAUGCUACCGAUCUAGCAAUCUUAACAAAUAGCAAUCCCAGAUUUGAAGUGAUUGUGCCUCCAGCUCACGGCAGAGUGGUCAGGGAGCCACUAACCACCGUUAAAAGCAAAGAGCUGUCUGCGUUCACACAGAGGGACAUCGAGAAUGGAGUUAUAUUUCUUGAGGCAGAUGCCAACUUGACAGGUGUUGAAGUAUUAAACGACUCCUUGACGUUUAUGUUGCGGGCAGAUGAUGUCCAGCCCGCGGUUGGUCACUUUCGUUAUGUCAUCGUGCCACACAAUCCUUUACCGAUCCAGACAUUUACACCAGAAGUGACCCUCUUAACUAGCACAAACAUUUUAAAGAGCUAUACCGUCACAAAGAAUGAACCUCUGCUUUUUACGAAGUACAAUACGUGCACUGAAACACCAGGACAGACAGCUCCGACUCUGGGGCGCAAGUGGAAUCUCUGGGAGCAGCAGAAGGAAAAAGAUGCCUCGCUUAAGGCAGAAGUUGCACAUGGCAGAUCUGCAUGGGCUGAGACCACUACACAAGCAAAUUCCAAAAGCGCCGUGGUUCAGCUUCAGGAUAGCAACAGUAACCGACUGUUCAUCAUUAUACCACUGAUCUCAGUUGCUGUUUUAUUCAUUGUGACUGCCAUCACUGUUUGCAUCUUCCUCAUGUGCCAUAAGCCCCAAAAGGCAAAACCUCUCAUCGCAGACCAGCCACCAGCUGUUCUCAGUAGCCCAAGUUUUUGUCCCGAAAGGAGCUUAACUGUUCCUACCGUCACAGUGACACCCCUGUUAAAAGCCUCCAGUAAUACGGUGACUGUCCCGUUUGUGGCUAUCAGACAGGAACAGCUUCAUCCUUCCACCAAAUCCAGCUGCAGAAUGUCCUCUGCAAAGCAGUUGGUCCAGACUUGACCCAGAAAUGAUCCAGCACUGUCGAACAACCAACCCAACUCUGAAACGCAAUCAGUAUUGGGUGUA